CCCACCCCCGCGGCGGCGGGAGCCACGGCGAGAAGUGGAAACAAUUUCUCGCUCUUCGGCUCGCACCAGGCGGACCGCUGCCCGUCGGGAGCGCGGGGCGGGCCCCAUGCUGGCGGCGGGGCCCCCUGCGCCAGGACCCCCGCGGCACCCUCGGCGCUCGGGCUGAGGCGGGGGCGCGGGAUGCCCGGCUCCGUCAGAUGAAAGUUUGCGCCAGAGCCAUGAAGGGACCGCGGUGAAACCACCGCCCACCCCUGCCCCCGCCAGGAGUUGCUGUCUAAAUGGGUCCAGUCAUGCCUCCCAGUAAGAAGCCAGAGGGCUCAGGAAUUAGCGUUCCCAGCGGAUUGAGCCAACGUUACCAAGAAAGUGAUUUAUCAAAGGCACUUCAUGAUGACGAGGACCUAGACUUCUCUUUGCCUGCCAUCAGAUUAGAUAAAGGGGCCAUGGAGGAUGAAGAACUGACUAAUUUGAACUGGUUACAUGAGAGCAAGAACUUGCUGAAAAGCUUUGGGGACUCGGUGUUAAGGAGUGUUAGCCCCGUUCAGGACAUCGGUGAUGACACGCCGCCGUCUCCUGCCCACUCUGAUAUGCCCUAUGAUGCCAAGCAGAACCCCAACUGCAAACCUCCUUAUUCCUUUAGCUGCCUCAUAUUUAUGGCCAUUGAGGACUCGCCAACCAAAAGACUGCCCGUAAAGGAUAUAUACAACUGGAUUUUGGAACACUUUCCAUAUUUUGCAAAUGCACCCACUGGAUGGAAAAAUUCUGUGAGACAUAAUCUAUCUUUGAAUAAGUGUUUCAAGAAAGUGGACAAAGACAGAAGUCAGAGUAUUGGAAAGGGGUCCUUGUGGUGUAUAGACCCAGAAUAUAGACAAAAUCUUAUUCAGGCUUUGAAAAAGACACCCUAUCACCCAUAUUCGCAUGUGUUCAAUACACCUCCCACAUCUCCUCAGGCAUAUCAAAGCACAUCAGGUCCACCCAUUUGGCCAGGAAGCACCUUUUUCAAGAGAAAUGGAGCCCUUCUACAAGAUCCUGACAUUGAUGCUGCCACUGCCAUGAUGCUUUUGAAUACUCCCCCUGAGAUACAAGCAGGUUUUCCUCCAGGAGUGAUACAGAAUGGAGCUCGAGUUCUGAGUAGAGGAAUAUUCCCUGGAGCCAGGCCAUUGCCAAUCAACCCUAUAGGAAGCAUGGCUGUUGCAGUAAGAACUGGUUGGAAAUCUUUCAAAAUGAAUGGAAUAACAAACUGCCGGAUGCGGACAGAAAGCGAGCAGUCCUGUGGCUCUCCAGUUGUCAGCGGUGACCCGAAGGAGGACCACAACUACAGCAGUGCCAAAUCUUCCAACCACAGGAGCACAUCACCUGCCAGUGACUCCAUUUCCUCUUCCUCUGCUGAUGACCAGUAUGAGUUUGCAACUAAAGGUAGCCAAGACAGCAGUGAAGGAAGUGAAGUGAGCUUCCAGAGCCACGAGAGCCAUAGUGAAACAGAAGAGGAGGACAAAAAGCAGAAUCGGAAGGAGACCAAGGAUUCUUUAGCGGACAGUGGGUACGCGUCUCAGCACAAGAAAAGGCAACAUUUAAUGAAGGCGAAAAAAGUACCGAGUGACACACUGCCUCUUAAAAAGAGACGUACAGAAAAGCCCCCUGAGAGUGACGAUGAGGAGAUGAAAGAAGCAGCAGGAUCGCUCCUACAUUUAGCAGGAAUUCGAUCCUGUUUGAACAACAUCACCAAUCGGACGGCAAAGGGGCAGAAAGAUCAAAAGGAAACCACAAAAAAUUAGAACAAAUCAAUGAUUUGUUUGAACUUAAAAAGUUUUGUUUCAGCACGUCAGGUGAAUUCUAAUGAUUUGUGGCAAUAUCAGCAGUUUUUUCCUUUUUUGUUUUUCCUUCUAUUUUAUUUCUAUUUGGUUUUGGUUUGUUUCUUUUAUUAUUUUUUUUUUGAACCCUUAAGAUUUUUUAUUUUUAAAGGAGAUUGAAGCCAUAGAACUCAUACUGACACUCAGCUAAUUUACAAAAGCUUUUCAUUACCCGAAGACAAAAAGUUAACAAAAAAGCCAAAAUUGCCAUUGCUUUCUCCGGCUUGUCAAAAAUGCAUGGUUGAAUACACAGUGACAUCAGCAUUGAUGUGAUGGGAGUAAGAUUGGGCACUUGGAAAUCCCUCUUAUACUAGAAGAGCUGUGCAUAAUUUAGUGAUCAUUCAGGCGUGGCCCUUAAGAGUUUAAUGGCCUUAUGAUUGGGUUAGAAAUGAAUGUGAAUAAAGAGAUUUUGGGGCACGAGGAGGCACGUACUUCUCGACACCAACCCAGGAACCAUCUAGAGGCACUUGGAUGCGUUGUGCCAUAGAAGUCUCUGGACAGCCACUGGUGGCAACUGCGCAAACCCUCAUGCACUUUUAGUGCUUCACGUACUACAUGUGGCUCAUAAUGUGAAGACUGGUAACUUUAACUCUGUAUGCAAUGGGUUUCAGUGAAAUAGCAAGAAGAAACGGGAGGGGUGGGUCACUGUUUAGUAGCAUUGUUAAUCAUUGAAUUCUGUCUUCUAUAGUAAAUUAAAAGAAUGUUCAAAAAGCCAUAAGCCCGAAGAUUGGCACUGUGUGCAAAAAAUUAUAGGGAAAAAGAAGCUAUGUCUUUUAAACUGCCUGAGUGAAAAGCAAUCAAGUCAAAGAAAUUACAGUAGAUAUUAAGGAAAGAAAUACAUCAGAAUCUUUUUCUGUGGAUCAAAUCCUUGAUCUAACUGGGGAAACAAAGCUACAGCACCUGCCAUUAGUAGCAGUAUUUGGUAUUUCAAAAUACAAGGAAAGCGUAUUGGUGAACAAUAAAAGUCAGAAGUUCAACAAAAGAGCUCUUAACACUGCCCUCAGAAACGAGCGCGCAGUCACCGUCAGUCAGGAUUCAUCUGUGCAAAAAUGACCACAGAUUUCCAGAUUCAACCAGCGUAGCCACCGAAAGAAAUUUGAUCCACAUUGCAUGGAUUCCUUUUGGGAAGGGGGGAAUAGAAAAAGCAAACAAUUUUUUUUAUUCAAAGACGACAAAGUUCUUGUAAGGUAAAUAAUGUAUUUAGCAUGAAGCAUGAAUUAUUUUCAUAUAAAUAUAGAAAAUAGAGAAAAAGGCUAUGCCUCUAAUUUUUAAGCCCUUAGGCUUAGAGUUUGUUUUUUUGGGUUUGUUUUGUUGGAUUUUUUGUUUUGUUUUUUUGUUUGGUUUUUUUUUUCAUUUGUUCUGUUUUGGUUUUGUUUUGGUUCUUUUUUGUUGUUGUUUGGGUUUUUUUGAAGCAGGUGUUUAAGGUUUAACCUUCUUCAGGGACAAACACUGACUGUUUGGGAACUUACUCUGCAAUAUUAAAAAAAUAAAAUCUUCAUGCUCUGGUAGGGCUUGGAUGGUUGAAUUAUACUGCCUUUCUGCACAUUCAGCCCCCCUCUCCCUACUUAUGUUUAAAAAAAAAAAAGUAAAAGUGUGUCCUUUCUUCGUCUGUACAUGUGUAACAUGACGCAAUAAUCUGAGGGCAAAUUUAGUAGUGAGUGUGUAUGACAGAAUCAAGAAAAUAAUGGGAGGUUAAUUGAGGAAAACUCUCUGAUUUGAUUCAGGAAUAAAUAGACAAGAAAAUAGCUUUGCUAAUUUACCAUGAGAAAAUGAAGUAAAGAGCCUUACUGAGGUGUCCAGAUUAAAAACAGUGUUAUAAAGAGUGUAAUUCAGGUAUAGUUCUACUCUCCUGGUAAUGAUGACUAUCUGAUCAGAGAUCCCUACAGCAGAGGGAAGCUGUGAAAUAAAUUACAGUCUCUCUCACCUGGAUUCAUGAAUUCAGCAGGAAAAGUUCUACACUUAAAAUAUCCUAGAGUCAAGAAGAAAAUCCCAAGAACCAAUCACUAAAUAGAAUUAAAUGGUCUGUUCCUUAAAAAGAAUAUAGGUUUAUAUUUAUCCCUAACAGCUGUUUCAGGCAGCAGAUGGAUCUAGUUUGUGAAGAGUGAGUUAGAGAAGGGUUUGACUUCCCACUCAGUGGCGUGGACUAAAAAUUGCGUUUGGAGAUGCCAGUGGUGUGCGUUCAGUUAGGAGGUGGGAGGACUGAUGGGUGGGCUGGUCAGGACCUGUUCCUGUGCUCGGCAAGCAUUUUGUCAUGUAAAGGACAAGGCCACACUGGCGGCAGCAUGGCAAAGCCUUUCCUGCCAUCUGACCCGGUGUGUCCUGGGACCUAGGAGCUGCCUGACAGCUGUCGGAGCACAGCACAGCUGAGCCCAGCUAUGCAAAGAAGGAAGGAGAGAGCCAAGGGUAGUGCGAGGACAGUGCACUCCCUUCAGUUUGCUGGGGCCAGUACAGACGAGGUUGGUUCCCAGUGUUAGUUAAGUCAAGAAUAGGUGGAUAUUACCUUUUGUUGUCUGCCUGCAGCCCUUAAGAUAAAGUGGGGGAAAGCAGGAAGAACCAGUCUCUUGGCCAGGUAGCUCAGAGAUGACUGAGCCAUAGGUUUUUCCUUGCGUGAUUGGACUCGGAUAAUUGUCUUCUUCCCAGAUCCACACUCCCUACAGCCAGUGUCUGCAGGCACAGUCUGAACCACACAACCCCUGCACAAGAAAACGUGGUCCUUCAUUUUUUAUGGACUUUGGGAAGAGCCAUUUGAAGUACAAAAUACAACAGUGUCAGUUCACCACCACCUUUUCUCAUUAAUGCAUAGUUGUACCAACUCAGAAGUGGUGUAGUACUUAUCAAAAAACACUCAAAAGUCAAAUUUAGUGGCAUAAAAUACACUCAAACCAUGGCUCAGCCAUCUCUGUCCUCCAGAAAAAGCAAUGUGUUUGUGUGCCGGUGGCCAGAUUCUGUCCACAGUCAGAACACUAAUUCCAGAGCAGCUUCACUGACUGCAGUGUGUCAGUGCAAAUGAGAUCAGUAUCUGCUGAACAAGUACCAUUCAUUAAUGUGGACUCUUGGUGGCUAAAUAUAUAAUUAACAUUAGUAUUACCUUAGAAAAAAGUCUUUUUGCAUAAAUAUCUAAUCAGGCAGAUUAUCUUUAUAUAUAUAUAAAUAUAUAUAUACACACACACAUAUACUUGCUGGUAAACUUAAAAUGUUGGCAAGCAUCUAUUUACAUGUAAAAUUUGUUGCUCCUAGUCUGAUCUACUAAGGAGGUAUAAUUUGGUAGGAAUUCACAAUGUUCAGGAACCAGCAGUUUGGCUGAGGGCUGGUGCCACCAACAGAGUAUUUCUAACGUUUAAAAACAGCUGGUCCUUAUUGACCCUAGCUCUGACUAUGGACGAGAAGUACAUAAGUUGGAUUCAUAUAAAGCGUUUAGGAGUUACCUUUUAAACCAUUUUUGUGCCUGGCUGACAAUGGUAGCUUUGUCAGAACUGGUUCUAUUCCAUCAGAGAAGUUAUUUUUUUUAGUAAGAACUGAGACGGAUUAGUUUUCCAAAAAGUACACUGUCAGCUUUUCAGUCCAGUUGUUUCUACUUUGACUGACUCAUGCCAAAACAGAGUGGUAAAUGCACUGUAUUAUGAACUCUCUCACUUGCCAGAUGUGAGAUGGUUUGGUUUUGCUUGUUUGGUUUCCUAACUAAGCCAUUUUGGGGUGAGAAGUCAUCAAAUCUCUAACUUUCCAUUUUCCUCACUCUAUCAGAAUUGCCAAAUUAGCAAUUAGUUUCUCCAAGACAGGUAGGGACUCAGGGAGUCCCAGUAGGUCAGCAAGCAUCGAGUGGUGAGUUUCACAUGGGCAUGAACUGUAAGAGUUGCUGGACUUCCUGGUGGGUUCCUCUGGAAUAUGCCUUCUGCAGCAAGAAGCUCUUGCAGGCCAGAGCUGAUGCCACAAGCAGAUUUCACCAGUGUCUGCAGGGAGGUGAAAUCUACUGGUCGUGCUUGUGUUCUGCAAGCAACUGAAUGUCCUACUGCAUUUUGAUGCAGAUUUUGCCUGCAUUUAAAAACUCAAGUGCAGGUCUUGGACAGCUUUCAUGGAUCACCCCAUAGCUGUUUCUGAAAGCAGUCCGAUUCUGUUCAUUCUCCUGGCAAAACCAGCAGUAGUUCUACUGAGAUCACAGGGUUUUACAGCUGAAAAGCCUGAUGUGGGAGUAAGGAAGUGUACCAUGUAGGACUAGAGAACUGUCCUGUGACUGUGUUCUCUUCUUUCUGGCAAUUCAGUUGAAAUCCAUAUUCUGGCUCCUCUAUUACCUUAAUGGGAGAAGGGAAUCCCAAAGGAAGUGCAUCAGCUCCCAGUGUUCAACUGAAUCACUGUCUACCUUUGGAAAAGAUACAGAGAAACUCUGGGGGCUGCAUUCUUCACUGGAGUGAGGCAGAGUUACAUCAUACUUCAACAGCGCAUUAAAUCUUAAAUUAUACACCAAAUGGUACCAGGGAUAAAAUGACCAAAAUAACAUUUCGUCCCAUUUUCUUGGUAGCUGCAAUUGAUUUUCACUGAGGUUUUGGCUCCCAAAUCAUCUAAAGAUGUAGAUAGGCCCAACCUGACGUAUUCUACAGCUGAAAGGUGCCUGAUCUCCUUUGCAGUCAGCAGAGCUACAGAUACUCAAGUGCUCCUGGAAAUCUUUACCCUUCCACUAGAAUUAUUAUUAUUGGCAUUUUUCCUUCAAUCUGGCCCUAGGCGUUUUUAAAACAUUACUCAACUCUGCUCUGGGGUCAGAAUGCAGCUAUCAAGAGAGUGCAUUUUCAGCUUCAGAUCCAUUGCAGUUCACUUCAUGGAGAAUGCAAACCCUGCUCCUUCAGGUAUAUUACUGCUGCCUGAGUAGCUCAUUGGCAUAUUUUGUAGGAAAUAUUUUGAAACUUUUUCUUGACUUUGCCACCAAAAGAGCAUUUGAACCAUACAUCCUCCUGAUUGUAACAGAUUAUCAGUGUUGACUGUCUGACCAGUUAAGUUUUAGUAGUGUUCUUCACAGCCCUCCAGUAAUAUAUCAAACACUGUUAUGCACAUAAUGCAGCACUGUGAUCUAAUUUAAAUAAUACUUUUUUAUUAUUUAUACUACUCUAUGUAAUAUACAUCAACACUUUGCUAUAUAACUGAAGUGAUAACCCUCUUCUUAGUUAUCUGCCAAACUCUUGAAUUUCUGUUUGGUUUAUAUUGCAGUUAGCACAGUUACCGAGUUGUAAUGAUGUCUCUUUUCCUUCGAAAUGGGAUGUGUAAGUCAAACUAUACAUUUUGUGUGUUUCUGUUUUGAGCUGGAGUUUAUAAGGAUUUACACACAACAUUGGGUGUUCUGUAUAAAUCUGCCUACAUUUGUGAAUUCAUCUGUUAAUCCCCUUUUAUUUAGAAAGUGUUAAUUGAUGGUGGUUUAUUAGGGGUUUUUAUUUUUGCAUUUUUAUUUUUAGUACUGGUUAUUCUUGAAUUAAGCAGAGACUUGUCAGCUGGGUUGCUUUAUCUUUGAUCAUGUCCAUGACCUUAUAACUCUUCCACAGUUCAGCAAACAAGUACUAGCUUCACUGACCAAAAAAAAAAAAAAAAAAAAAAGUCUCAACCUAAUGUGUCUAUGGUGCUGUAUUUUGCUGGUGUACGUUUAAAACCAGAAAUGAUUUAAAGGUCACUUUUGAGUUGCUCUGUUAAGUAGCCUUUCCUGGUUUGGGGAGUUUGGGGUUUGUUUUGUUUUAGCAUUGAAACAAGGUAUAUUUAUCUGAAGAUAUAUGAUGUUUUUUCUACUGUAUCACGUUUCCUUUUGCAAGGGAGGGAAAUCAACCUGAUGUAACAUCCUUUCACAGUCAGUGGAAGGGGGUUUUGUUUCACUUUUUUAUUUUCAGUUGAUUUUGUUGGGCUUUGGAUCAGGCCAGCAGUUACAAGAGCUCAUCAUCUGAGGGUUUAAGGGAUAAACGACAACUUGUGCUAGCCCUCAGUGCUAGAAGGGAUUUUACGGGAUGCUAAAAUCAUGUGCUGGAUUCUAGCAUGGCUGAUCAUCUAGAAAUGAGAAUCUUUUUCAUUUGUUUACUCUGGCCUGAAAUCCCAAGACGUUCUUUUUUUAAAAGUUCAGAUGCAAUUGAACUUGAUUACAUUUUUAAGUUGCUAGAGCAUUGUGCAUUUCCUGAGUAUGUGUGUGGGACAACAGUUGAAAGUCAUACCUGUAUUUGAUAACCAGUUCCAUGCCUGCAUCAUUCACACUCACUACUUAAAACUGCCAUAAUGUAAAAUGUUGGGGGGAAUGAUUUCUGUGUGUAUGAAAAAGCAUUAUGGACUUUUACAUUUUUUUUAUACUCUGAUCUGUAAUAUCUGAAAUAUUUUGUUUUACAGAAAAAAGUGAUAAAGCAAUCAAAAGACCAAGAGAUUUAGUAUCGAUGCUUAAGGGUCACAGGACCUUAACUGGCCAAUAAGUUAAUUUAGUACAGUGAUAAGCCAAUUUUUUUCCUGUACUUGGCGUCUGAAACUGCCAAUUUCAUCAAUAUUAAAAUACGAACUGUGAUGGGAAUGAACAGUGAUGUUAAGUUGUAUUUGUGUUUACCUAAAUGAGCAGUCCGAAGGCAAGUGCAAUCAGCUGAUCUUUAGGAAAUAAGAAAAUGUUGAUUUAGAGGCAUACUUGCAUUUUACAUUUUCUUGAUGUGUAAUCAUAUUGCCAAAGACAAAACUAUUUCAUCAAUUAUUAUUGUAAAUAACACUUUCCCAAAACCUACCAUAAAGUUUCUGUGAUGUAUUGUCUUCCAGUUGCAAUAAAAAUUACUGAGUUGCAUCAAUUGA